AGAUCAUUCGUUGUUAUUAGAAAAAGCAAGCUUACCUUACGAAUAUUUAGAUACCUGGGAUAAAUUUGAAGAUGAUUGUUUACCUCCUAUCGAUGCUUUUAACUCAACUUUAACAGGUAAAAAUAUUUCAGAAGAGAUUUACUUGAGAUUAAAACAGAUAUGGGUAGAUUUUGAAUGUAAAAACCUUGGAGAUUUUCAUGAUAUAUACUUACAACUUGACGUUGCCCUUUUAACAGCAAUUUUCGAAAAUUUUCGAAGUAUGAGUUUGAGAGAAUUCGGGUUAGAUCCUACACAUUUUUGGUCGACUCCUGGUUUGACUUGGGCAGCAGCAAUCAAAUUUACAGAAGCAGAAAUUGAUCACAUAAAUGAUAUAGAUAUGGUAUUAAUGAUAGAGAAAGGUAUUAGAGGAGGAAUUUCUUCUGCAAUGAAAAGACACGCUGUUGCAAAUAAUCCACUCUGUCCUGAGUAUAAUGAAGAAGAGCCUAAUUCAUUCAUCACAUAUCUUGAUGUCAACAACUUGGUUGAAAAAAGUGAAUACCAGAGUGUUCUGAAUGAAAUUACAAGUGAUAAAACAAAACAUGGUUAUAUUAUCGAAGUCGAUCUCGAUUACCCAAAAGAACUACAUGAUUGGCAUGAUGAUUAUCCCCUUGCACCAGAAACAAUAUCAAUUUGUGAAAAUCAAUUGAGUGACUAUCAAACAAAAUUGGUAAAGAAGCUAGAAAGCUGUGGGAAUAAAAGACUUAUGUCUCCUAAACUUAUUCCGAAUCUUUUUAACAAGAUUAAAUAUGUUACACAUUAUAGGAAUCUGCGAUAUUACAUGUCAAAAGGAUUAUUAUUGAAGAAAAUCCACAGAAUAUUACAAUUUGAAGAGAAGCCAUGGUUAAAACCAUACAUUAUGCUAUGCACAGAAAAGAGACAACAAGCAAACAAUGCUUUUGAAAAAGACUUUUGGAAAUUAAUGAUAAAUUCUCUUUAUGGUAAAAGCAUCGAAAAUAAACGGAAACAUUGUGAAGUCAAAUUUUUAGCCGAUAGAAAAGCUGUAUUCAAAGCUACAAGAGAACCUCUUUUUGAUCAAUUCUGCAUUUUGGAUGAGAAUCGAGCGAUUGCUAAACUACGGAAAUCAAAAGUUAUAUUGGACAAACCAAUAGCCGUCGGAUUCUCUGUGUUAGAAUUUGCUAAAUUGUAUAUGUACCAAUUACAUUACGAUACUUUCAAAGCAUAUUACGGACGCAAUUUAAGUUUAGUUUACACUGAUACUGAUAGUUUUAUUUAUCAUAUAAAAACGGAGAAUCUAUACAAUGAUUUAAAAUAUUUCGCUAAUAUUAUGGAUUUUUGUGAUUACCCUAAAAAUCAUUCGCUCCAUAGUGAAGAGAAUAAAAAAAAGUUAGGCUACCUGAAAGAUGAAACUAAUGGAGAUCCAAUCAUAGAAAUAAUAGCCCUCAAAUCUAAAAUGUAUUUGAUAAGAUCUGUAAACAGUGAACGCAAAACAGCAAAAGGAGUACAAAAGCAUGUAGUAAAAUCACAAAUACUCCAAGAUGACUAUCUGAAUUGUUUGUAUGAUGAAAAGUUAUAUAAACACACGAAUCAUCGGUUACAAAGUAAAAACCAUAAAAUUAAAGCUAUCUCAACUGAAAAAAUAUCAUUAAGUCCAUUGGAUGAUAAGCGUUGGGCUAUCGACAACGUUAACACUCACGCAUUUGGACAUUAUCAAACAACUCAUGAAAAUUAG